AAAAUUACAUCUCCAAAGAAGAGAAAAAAAAUGUAAAUCAAUUCACAAUUUUUCAUUACAACAUUUUGCGUCGUUGAUUGAGAUUACAAUAGAAAAAAACAAGAAAUAUUAUAAUUCACAGCAACAAAUUAACAAAAAGAAAUAAAUUUAGUAAAGAAAACAGAAAUUCCUGAAAUUCCAAAGGGCAAUUUCUAUAAAUAACAAAAAUAAAAAAAGGAAUUCCCUUUUUUUUUACUUGCUUGCUUUUAUAAUCAAAUACAAGCAAAUUGGACAACAUGGUUGAACCUAUUUUCGAUUAUCAAUUUCGCCUGAUUCUGAUUGGCGAUAGCACAGUCGGCAAGAGUUCCUUGUUAAAAUUUUUCACAGAUGGAAAAUUUGCUGAGCUCUCAGAUCCAACAGUUGGUGUUGAUUUCUUUGCCAGACUAAUCGAAAUGAAAGAUGGCACACAGAUUAAACUGCAGCUCUGGGACACUGCCGGUCAAGAGCGCUUCCGGUCAAUUACCAAAUCCUAUUAUCGCAAUUCGGUUGGCGUACUUCUUGUGUACGACAUAACAAACCAUGCCAGUUUCGAACACAUCCCCCUCUGGAUGAUGGAAGCCCAACGACAUAUUGAACCUCAUCGGCCAGUUUUUGCUUUGGUCGGUUGCAAACUUGAUUUGGUCAAUGCAGGCAGCCAUCGCGAAGUCAGUACAGAAGAGGCACAAGCCUUUGCAAAACAACACGGAUUGCAUUUCGUCGAAACCUCAGCACGCAGCGGUGUCAAUGUCGAAGAAGCAUUUCGCAUGGUGACACAAGAAGUCUACUCGCGUAUUCGUUCAGGGGAAUACAAAGUAGAAGACGGCUGGGAUGGCAUUAAGACUGGUUUCGCCCGACCUAGUAGUUUGGACUUUAAUUUGGUUGUGGCGGAGCCUGAAAAAUCUUCGUGUUGUUGAUAUGUUUCGUAGGGCUAUUUAUAUUAAAAUAAAAAUUAAACCAAGUUUUACUAUUAAAAAAGAAAAAAAAACAACAAGUUAAAAAAAAAAUUAAAGUACUACGAAUGAUUAAUUUUUUAAUUGUUGAUAUCCCUAUUGGGGCUCUACCAUUUAAUAUAUAGUUCUUAUUUUUAUUUGGAUUUAGUUUUGUUAGCCUUUUUUGAUGCAGUGUUUCGGCCAAUUAACAACAAAGAUAUUUUUUAGGUUUUAGUUUUAAUUAAGAAGUUAUAUAAAUUGUUUUCUAAUGAAACUAUCAAAAGGUAAAAAUUUUGAAAAUUUUUUUUUUCAUGUGUCGUUUUUAGUUUUUAAAAUAAAUACCAAGAAACAUUCUAGAGAUGUUGAAAAAAGAGAUCAUUAAUUUUAUUUUGUGUGCUCUUGAUUGAUUUGUACAUAUUCAUAAAAGGAUAUAAUUCAUUACAAAAAUUAACACAUAAAAUAAAUAGUUUUCCAUUGUCUUUAUUGGUUCAAUAAAAUAUUUGUAAUAUAUCAAACAA